AUGCGCCUGGCGCAGCGCCGGAGCGGGCGGGUGGCGAUGGCGGCUGCCGUGGGGUUCUCGUCCUCGCUGGGCUCUCCCGCCGUGAGUGAGCUGUGCCAGAACAGGCGGGAGAUCUUCCUGGAGGCCUCACGGCUGCUCCUCACUUACGCUGACAACAUCCUCCGGAAUCCCUAUGAGGAAAAAUACAGAUUAAUUCGGAUUGGAAAUCCAGCAUUUUCCACAAGGCUGUUGCCUGUCAGAGGAGCAGUUGAAUGUUUAUUUGAGAUGGGGUUUCAAGAGGGAGAAACUCACCUGGUUUUCCCUAAGGAAGCUUCAAUUGAGCAACUACGUAAAAUCAGGGACUUAAUUGCUGGAGAGAGGAGCAGCAGACUGAAUGAGUCAAACCAGAUCCACAGAUCAGGAUCCUCUGAAACUGUCAGCAGCCCUCAGACAGCUGCACAACGGCCUUCGAGAUCUGUUGACUCUGUUCUCGCCCCUGCCCGUCAGCAACCAGAAACAUCACUUGUGCAAUCUCUUGAAAUGGCUGCAAAUAUCUUGAAAACACUUCAAACAAAAUUUGAGGAUCUUGUAUUGAUGUAUGAGAAUCCUUCUAUUCAGCAGAAAGCACUAGCUGCAAUUCCCCUCCAGGAAUUGAAAAGCAAGGCUCAGAAAAAGCUAGCACAAGCUACAAAAGUGGACAAAGGUGCACAUGUGAAUGAAGAGGACUUCUUAUUGUUGGAGCUUUUGGACUGGUUUAAGACUUCCUUUUUUCAUUGGGUAAAUAGUCUUCCUUGCAGCAGGUGUGGUGGGCAGACAGAGCCUAAAAGUGACUACCUGUUGCCUACUGAUGAUGAUCUAAGGUGGGAUGCCAGUCGAGUGGAAAACCAUUACUGCAACCAGUGUCAGCUCUGUAAUAGAUUCCCAAGGUAUAACAACCCUGAAAAACUUCUGGAAACCAGACGUGGGCGCUGUGGCGAGUGGGCCAACUGUUUUACACUGUGCUGCAGAGCUGUUGGGUUUGAAGCAAGAUAUGUCUGGGACUAUACAGAUCAUGUGUGGACUGAAGUAUAUUCUUCGUCUCAGAAAAGAUGGCUUCACUGUGAUCCUUGUGAAAAUGUCUGUGAUAAGCCUCUACUCUAUGAAACUGGCUGGGGAAAGAAGCUCUCUUACAUAAUUGCAUUCUCCAAAGAUGAGGUUGUUGAUGUCACCUGGAGAUACAGCUGCAAACAUGAGGAAGUACUCUCUAGAAGGACAGCACUCAGCGAGGCUACACUGCGAGAGACAAUUAAUGCGCUAAACAGAACGAGACAAAAGUCUUUGUCAGAAAAUAGAAAAAGAGAGCUCCUGGAAAGGACUAUUGUGGAACUUGUUGAGUUUAUUUCUCCGAAAACACCUAAACCUGGAGAAUAUGGUGGAAGGACAUCAGGCUCACUGGCUUGGCGAGUAGCCAGAGGUGAAAUUGGACCAGAGAAAAGAAAAGAAGUAGUUUUUAUUCCCUCUGAAAAGGAGAAGACAUCUAAACUGUUCCAUCUCACCUACAAUGUAAUAGACGAUAGCUACACACGCAUUUCCAAUAACAAUGAAAAAAUAAGUGGCUGGGAAGCAGGUGUUUGGAAGGCAGAAUCUAUGUGGAGAAAGGUUGAAACAGAUUGGAAAAUGGUUUAUUUAGCCCGAAAAGAAGGGUCAUCCUCUGCUUCCAUCAGCUGGAAGUUUGAGUGCAAGUCAGUUGGUCUAAAAAUAGGUAACAUUUCAGUUAGGACAAGCAGUCAAACAUUUCAGAGUGGAAGAAUACAGUGGAGACUUUGCUCUCCUACAGCAGAAAUUGCUCUGAUAGGAGAUAAAAAUCUGUGCUCCUAUUCAGAUUUUUCUGGAGCAACGGAAGUUAUGUUGGAAGCGGUUCUAAGUGGAGGGGAUGGUGGAGCUGCAUGGCAACACACACAGCUGUUCAGAGAGAGCUUAACAGGAUGUGGGGAAAAUUGCUUGGAGAUAAUUAUAAAACUCAGUGACCUCUGAGAAUCUGAACUGCAGAAACGUACUUUGGAUUCCUUGAAGACAUCAUACCAUGGAUACAACAUGAAGAUUUGGUUGGCAAUUGCUCUUCAUCCUGCUGGCAGCUUAUUUCCUGUUUCACUGCCUCCAUUAAACCAACUUGAAACUGCACGUGUAUUGAAUAGGUAAACAUCACAAUGAAAACCUCUUUGCUAUAAAAACACACACCAAAAUUAAGGGAUUGAACCAUAAAGUACCCUUAAAUUUUACAGUGAAAAGGAAACAGUUUUUUGGAAGCAAAACAUGAUCACAGAAGCACAAAGCAAUUGUAAUUGAUUUUCAUUUGGAGUUUUGGGAUUGGCUUGCUGAUUUUUUUGGGUUUUUAUAAUCUACGUGGAAAAACACGUAGAAUUUGAAUUCUGUUUUCCAAUUACAACAGAUGCUUAUGAUGAUUUUAAAAUAUUUUAAACAAUAUUAGAGGAUUUAGAAGUUUUUUUAAAAAGUUGAUUUUGUGUAGUAUCCAGAAGUGCUGAAAUUAAGUUAAUUUCAAGAUUGCUUCAAAAUUUCCUUUUUAAAUGUCUAAGUAUUAAACCUGUGUUUAAUACUGAGAACUAUUUGGAAGCAUGAUGAUUGCUGGGAAAAUAACCUCAUUUGAAAGAAGUGUUCAUUAUAUACCUAAAAUUGUCACGGCCUGUGAUAUGAAAUUGAGGCUUAAAACUGAGUAAGAACAUCUUAUUUUUUUCUAUGAAAAAAUAGGUUCUUCAUUAUAAAUACUUUUUAAUGAUAUUAAUUCAGAUUUACUUAAUAAAUCUUUUAAGAAGUAGGCAUGUAGGUUGAAAUUCUUUUAAGCUAUUGUCUUGACUUCCUUUAAAUACCAUUCCCAAAUUUGAUGUAAAAGUAUAUCCAUUUUUUUCUGUUCAGUUAAUGCAGUGUUUAAAUUUAUUUUCUGUCAAUAUAAUGAAAAAUACUAUUCAGGAGAUGUCAGAUUUUGCAGUGCUAUGAAUAAAGCAUGGAGUGAAUGUUCAGAUGAGAUAGUCUUUAUCAAAUGAGGCAGUCUUUAUCAGAAUGUUAGGAAGGCCAUGUAUGGAUUAUACAAGAGAUUUUCUAUUAUAGAACUAAAAUGCAAAGCUCAAACUAUGGUUUUAUUUUAAAAUAAGUGAGAGAGUUAAGGAUGAUGUUUUCAAGAUCACUAUUUUUAAAGAUUUUCUUCCUUUUUCUGACCUUUCCAACCUCUGUAUUGAUUUGAAGUGUUUGUCAAAAAUAGUUUAUGUCGAAAUAAAAUGUUUGCUGACCUUUCAACAAAUCUAAGCAAAUAUAAAACUAUUCAGAUUUUAUUAGAAAACUGCAUAUUCACACUGAACACAGGCAUCUUAAAAAUAGUAGAUUAUGGCAGCUCAGAAGUGACAGAGCAAUGUGUGAUGGAUUAUAUAGUUUACUUCAGAAUGUAAAUGGAGAGUUUAUGAGAGGAAUUAGAAGAGUUUCUCCACCAUAAUACAGAAAAACACAGUGGCAGGGUACUGUGUUGUACAUACUGGAAGGGUGUUUAUGCUUGACUAAUGCAAAGGGAAUUUGCCAGUCUCCAUUUAAAACUACUGUAUUCAGUUUCAGUUAAAUGCUUUUUCUGAGAUUUUGAGUGGGAACCUGACAGAAAACUAUUUCAGGCCAAUAUGGACACUACAUUGGAAGAAAAAAUGAAAAGGAAGACAAUUCAGGUGCCACCGAUCAACAAAAAUGUUUCCAUUUAAUAUGUCAAUAGCUGAAAAAAAUACUGCUUUAAGGCAGAAACUGUUUUUGCAGUGUAUUACUUAAGAGGACCUUGAGGAAUUGCAGAGUUCCUUAACUGCAUCUGAUAAUUUGAAAUCAAAAGGCCAAAUAAAUUUAAAAGUAGCAAGAUGAAGUAAUUUUCUCAUAAUUUUGGUCAGAAUUUCUGGCAGAAGAGUAAUACCUGCAGAUAACUUAAAACAAUAAAGUAAUUGAAGUCCAUUUUUUUUUUUAAGUUUGAAUUAAAAAGAUGGAAAAAUGCCAUGCCAGUCUAAUUAACAAAGAAGUACUUGUGUAUUUAUAAGAUCACAUGCAAUGAAUAGAAGUGCUUAUUUUCGGAAAGAAUUAAUAAGUAAAACACUCAGGCUGAAUGGAGCUAAUAUGAAAAAUUCAAAUGGAACUCCUUCAGUUGUCUUUUGGAGUACCCUAUAAAUAGUGAACACUUUGAAUCUCUUCAUACAUAAGCUGUUUUAAAGGCACUAAUUUCCUCUGUUGAUCUCCAUUUCAGCCCAACUCUUAAUACAUUUAAAUUUUUUUUUAACCAGAGGUAAUUCCUCAUCCACAUUUGUUUACCUUACAGUAUCCUGAAUUUGCAGUGUUACAUGAUGGAAUGAUCUGUGCUGCAAUCUGCUCUAAAAGUAUCAUUUUUAAGUUAUGCUGGCAAUGGUACCACACUGGGUAAGUGGUAGAUAUUGAUCAGGGCAUGUGUAGAUAGAAGUCAGUGCUUAUUCAACUUUUUACAAGUUUGAGGAGGUAGAGAUUAUAUGAGGAAAUUAAAGCUCUGUUGCCUAGAAGUGUAUGGCUUAAUACAGAUAAAAUCAGCAAUGUUUUCUAGGUUCCAGCUUAGUCAGGUACAUUUUAAAGAACGACUGGCUGUCCACUGUACCAUCCAUGGUUGCCUUCCAAGGUUGCACUGAGAUGUAACAGUGAAAUCUUUUCUGUUAAAGUUUACAUAAAUACUGUACUCCCCAAUUAACACUUGGAAACUAAUUUUGGGUUGCAUGGUUUCCAACAGAACUAUGUGGGAGCUGUGCACGGAAUUCCUCCUUUCAAACAAGGAUUUGUUGUACUGUUGUCUGUCUAGAGUUGAUCAUCCUGCUGUUGAUUUCUUCAUAUCCUGUUUUGACACUUAAUGCUUAGUAAUUUCCUACACUCCAGGAAGUUGCUGGGAAGAUGUAUCCUUAAAAUAUAUUAAGGAAGGCCCUUCUAGGCAGUGUGGAAAGCAAGAAGAGGUACAAAGCACAGGUAUGCAGGAAUCAAACAAACUUCAGUGUAAAUUAUGUAACUUACAGUGAGAAGUACGUAGUGAAAACUGUCUUGUCUGAUCUAUGAAAAUCUGUCUCCUUACCUUAUCUGUUAUCCUUGGAAGAUUUUCCACAUAUAGUGGGUUGGAUUUAAGAUAUAAUCCUUAUUAUGCGCAACAUCAGGAAAUGUAGAACACUAAAAAUAAAGUGUGUUUGUCUCCAUAGUGCGGUGGAAUGAAAACAGAUGGCAGGCAGCACAUAUGGCUGCCAGAAGCUGGGAACACCCAUUUGCAGAGUUCUUGCAGCUCUAAACAAAACAAGCCAAAACAAAGGAACUCCAAGAGGGGCAGAGAUUGUUCCAAGGAGAUAUCAGGCUAUCUGUCCUCUUCUCCAUGCCCACACUCCUCAUUUUUUACCUUUGGUUGCUCAAGCUAGAAAUGGAAGUAUACUACUAGUUAAGAAUUUAAUGGACCUCCUUAGUAAUUAUCAAAACUUAGUAUUUCUUAAGUGUAGGCAUUAUUUAAAAUAAAUCUCUGAUUUCCAUUGUAGGUUCAAACCUCCGUGUUUGGACAAAAUUCGAAGUUCUGCCAAUGUUAUCCAAGCAAUUCAAUAACAUUAAAAAAAGUGUCAAUAUUGAAGGGACUUCUGUAUCUCAGCUUCUCAUAUCAUAUGGAUGGUUGAGAAGGAAAUUGCAGACACAAUUCCUUAAACAUAGUUGCUGGAAUAGACUUAGGUCCUUUCUAUACUUUGAAUAUUUUAGGAGAAUUUAUUCAACUUUAAUGACAGUAUUCAGUUUAUCUGGUACUGGUUCUGAAGGUUCUUUAAGGGGUACUACUGUUGCAAGCAAUGCUUUAUGCCUUGUGCCUUAUGGCCUCUCUAAAGAGUAGUCAGUGAUGUAAUGUAUAUUAUGUGUGCCUAUAUGAUCCUUGGUCAUAUAGUUGUCAACAUGAGCAGAAGGGAAGAGCAGUAAUACCUGGGACAAUUUGGGGCUUUUUAUGCUAAUCUUGGAUAUUUAAUCCAAGCAGAAGGACAGUAGAGUAAAAAAAAAAGUCUUCAGUAGAUUGGAACAGUUCCUUUUUUACUAAAAUUUUUGAUAUCAAAGAACAGAAUUUUGAGACCUCCCAGCCUAUAUUAUGGAACUUGGGAAUGACCAAUUAACAAGGCAAGGUCAAAUAUAUGUAUUUUAAGUGCACAGGUAUUAUGAAGUGUGUAAAGGCUUAAAUGUGACUGGGAAUAAGACAACAAUUAUUUUCUCCAUUGUUAACAUUUUUGUUCUUAUUCUUGUGCUUGGGGGCUUUUUUUUAUGGUAAGCUUUGUAAUUAGGCUUUAGCUUUGUUUAUGAUUAGCCUGCUUCAGUUUCUGCAGCUUUAUUUUUUUCUCAUCUAAUUUAAAAUACAUUUUAAUUUGCUUUAAGUUAUGUACACAAUUGCAGCUGUAUGGUAAAAUACACUAUGACAAAAAAUAAGUUGGUUCAUUUAUUUGGUAAAAGGAGGUGAAAGGGAUGGAUUGAAAAUAUUCAAACUCAGCAGAAAAAAAAAGCAAUAGUAAUUAAAAUUGAUGAUACCCAGAAACCAACAAAAUUAUGAGGACUUAAUAAAAUUUUAUGGCAAAAGAAAAUGUAAUGGACUACAUAAACUGGUGCUGGCAAAAGUAGCUUCCAAUGACUGACCCUGGUUUUGAGACAUUUUAAUGUGUUUAUUUGUAUUUAGUUCCCUGAAUGUUUUCAGUAGAAGAAAUUUGCUGAGACUAGUGAACAGCUUUUUUUGAAAAUCGGUCUGAGAUAUAAGGAAUAUCUGGGUUUAAAUAUUUUCUAUUUUUUACUAGUUUAAGCUAUAGAAAUAAUUUUAAAAUUAAAAAUUUUAAACAGGAUCCCACUUGUUCUAGAUAAUUCCUUCCUUUAUUCCAGUGAAUAAUCUGGAUCUUUGAUUUUUGAAAAAGUGUGUUUAAGGAUAAAUUGUAACCAAGAAACUUUAGGUCCAAUUAUCUGUAAGGAUGUGAGAUUUCAGUGUGGCAUUGAGCACCUGCUUAGACUUAAAGGACUGAGUCUCCCAUUAGAGGGCUUAUAAAAUGGGGGAAAGAUGAUUUCACUGUGCAUUUUGAUGGUGAUGUUUCAGUGUAUGUUCUGUUCACUUGAUCCUUUUAUUACAUGAUGCUGAGUUAUUUCAUAUCCUUAGAGCUUCAGUAAUAUACUGUAUUAUCCCUGAAGUCCCAGGGGAACAUAAUUUCCCCACCAAAAAUCAUCAGCCAGCAGCUUAUCUGUGUUGCAAAUCAACAGGAAGUGCUGGACUUGCUUUAGAUAAGCAGUUUGGAUAACAAUAUACAGACUCUCCUGUGGAACAGUCAUAAGGAAACCAGCUGACCUAAGGGAAUGAAGACAUCUGAGAGCACUGUUUAAGCACUCGAACUAAAGUAGGUGGAAUAGCUCGUCACAGUCUCUUAGAGCAAAUGGAAACAGCAGCCAAGUACAGAAUGGAAAGAGAGAGCCUCGCUUCUCGCCUCUGCAUUAUUACCGCUGUGAAGAGAAGGGGGGAAGGUAAUAGAAUGUAUGUGUGUCCAUGCUUGCCUUAUCAGAAGUCAAAAUAACAUAGGCUGCAGCAGCUUUUACUUAUAGCCAAAGUGCCAGGGAAAUGCAUGGCAUAUUAAAAAGCGAAGUUCACUACUGGCAAAAAGGAUGUAAAACUUUAUUGGCCAAAAAGGAAGUGCCUGGUUUUGGACUGCAUUAAGAAUAGUGGUGCUGCUCUGGUUUGGUUUAGUAUGAUGCAUGCCCAAAACUGGUUUUGAUUUGUGUUUUCUUUUGUUAGGUUGUGUAGGUUGGAGUUUCUGCCUGAGUUUGCUGAUUUCCAUGAUGUUAGCAAUAAUGAUUUAAAAGAAAACAGUCCCAUUUCCCCAAUUCCCCUCCCCCCAAAAACUAAAACAAAACAUUCAAAAUAAAAAAUAAAAACACCCCUACUAAGGAUGUAGGAACACAAACAGGAAGUGUUUGAGUCUGCGGUUUAAUUUUAACACUAGAGGAUGGAAAAAAUUUAAGAUCAACGCUAAUUAAUAAAUGUCAAAUUUGCAUCAUUUGGGGAGUUGUUUAGAAAAGUGAAUCGUUUCCUUUUCUUUUAAUAAAUAUUUUUUGAAAGGAAUUUUUAUCAUUAUGGAGCCUUUCAAAACAGAACCUUUGGAAGGUCUGUGUCAGUACUAUGCAUGAUCUGCCUUUAUAAGUUGUCUCAGCCUCGACAACAUUAUUAGUCAUAUCAGUUCUUCCUCUACACUUCAAAGUCUGUAUAUGAUAAUAGUAUUUUUAAGAUACACUUUUUUUUUAAUAACGGUGAAGCCCCAGAAGUCAUAUCCAGUGCAACCAACAUUGCAGUUUUUCUUGACUAUGCACUGUAACUAUAUGCUCUGCAACGUCAUUUUGUAGUUUUAUUUCACAUUUUAAGGCUUGCUAGUAAUUCAUAUUUGUACACUAGCUUAUUGAUGGAAAAAAAAGUCACAGAAAGAUACAAAGAAAUGGGCUUUCAACCCAGCAUAAGAAUUAACUUUCUGAAGACACAGAGACUUACAUGCGUUUCUGGCCCACAGAAACAAAAUCUGUGAUAGGAAACAGACUAAGAAACAUUUCUCAGAAUACAUUUACCUUUUCUACUUUUGAUUUCAUUUAUUUCACAUACAGGAACUGAUUACCAGUUGUGAGGAAAUUCAAGUUUUUGUAAGUAUGUAAGAAAAAUACAAGGUCCAUCUGUGAACAGAGCAUGGAGGCAACAUACAUACCAGUGAAAGAGUGGCUGAAAGAUUUUGGAUGUUGAAAAAAUAAUAUAAUUCAUUUCUAAAUUUCAUGAGAUUUACUGGCUUGUGAUCACCAAUUCAGUGGAAAUCAACUAGAACCUAUUCUGUUCCAAGGAUUGAAUUUUAAAUUCAUAACUGGGGACUAUUUUAUUGAAAAAGUUGUAUGGAAGGGACACUCCAGUGAUGUAGUGUUACUUGUGAGUGGAGCAGGAGUAACUAUGAGCAGAACUGGUCAGUGUCUUUUGUGUUUAACACACAUUAGAAGGAGAAAACCAGGACUAGCACUACAUACUAGCAUUACCUAUAUUAGUGGUGAGAUGGAAGAUUCUAUAGUGAAGCAUAAGCAGAUGUUUUGUCCACCUUUUGGAAGAUUCAUUUGUUUAACCUGUGAUAUCAAGUGUCUCCUGAGGUAACCCUCACUGUUGUGUUCACUCUUAAAAGCCCUUCCAAAUUUCCCCUUUUCUAAACUAGUAGUUUCCAUCCUUUGAAGCAGUGUCUACAGUGGUGAUCAAGGCAACUUCACAGUCACUUGUAGGUAAGAUCUGGAGGCUUCCUCACCAUCCCUGGAUUCUGUCCUCCUCUCUCUUCCCUGUUAUAUCACCGGCUUACCCCAAACCCAUACAGCCUCCCUGUAUUCCCUAGUUCAUGACAGCUGCUGUUCCCUCUCUGGUGGGCAGUGGGAGAAACCAUGAGCAGCAUUGUCUGCUGAGGGAGUUCCUUGAAUGUGGUCCUCUAAAUGUUCCACAGUCUUCAUUGUCGGAAGAUUUUGUCCAUCUCUUUUAUGAUUUCAUUUCCUACCUGCUUUUCGUGUUGUGUCAUGUGUUGCCCCACUCCCCAUGGCAUACUCAUAGGACAGCUGAAGCCUCAGCCUUUAUCAUUCCAGUAAUGUGUCUCUCACUGGUAUCCUCCUAUGUUCCCAGUGUUCUGGUUCCCAGCAAGUCUGCUGGCCACCGAGAGUAGCCUGGUGCAGGCCUGGUAACAUAGGCCUUUCCUCAUCAUUUUGAGACCUAAUGUCGUCCAGAAGCCUGAGACGUGACAGAGGUGUUGUAGGGCCCACAAAGCAGAGGGAAGUAGCUGCUACUGUAAGGGAAGGCUUUUAGGACCAACAUUACAACCUAGUGUUUUAGUAUGUUAUUGCAUAUAGUUCAAAAGGGCAAUGAGGCUCCUGACCAAACUAAUAAACAGAUUUUACUUUAUGGGAAAUUUUUUCUCCACACCCCAUAGAAACAUUACAGAAGGACAACUGAAGGAAUUGCCAUGGAAAUUCAAAGAACUGAGUGAAUGGCUAUGCAUUAAGUUUGCAUGCUGUGCUACAGGUAUCUGUUGUAAGGUUAUGAAUGCUGUUAUACAUUCAAUAUAACUCCAGAGAAUAACUCAAGCAAAUGCUGAAUUGAGAACAAUAUUUUCAUUUCAUGUCUUUUUGAAAGAUUAACUAUUGCUUUUUUGCAAAGACCGGUUGGAGUGGAAAUGCAAAACACAGCAUUCACACCAUUAACAUGCUAAUUCAUUAGGAGGGAAUUGAAAAAGUAGUUUCACCUAUUUUAUUUGCAUGUCCCUGCUAGUCUGUUACAGAACCUGUUAGGCCACCAUGCCCAUGGCUUAGUUAACAACUCUGGAGGGAGCAUCAGCCUUAGGGAUCUUGGGAUGUCCCACCACGUACAGCAUGGGAGUAGCAUAGAUCAGGGGUGGAAUGACAGGCACUGCAAUCUUCCUGUUUGUAAAACAUGGGUAAGUGAUCAUAAAUUAGCAGGGCAGAUGUAAGCAUUAAGCAGGAGCUGGAGGGAGGCAUGGGAGUGCUGUGUUCCACUUGUGCACUCCAUUGGGAGAAUGUCUGUUGUACGGGCAGCUUGGGAGUGCUGUGUGCUGUGCCUGGCUAAGGAGAUGUUUGGCUUUGUGGCUAAAAGCAGUCGUGCUGGUUUGGUGAAGCAACUCAGAGCUGAAGUGUGUGCCAUGGAAUUUGUGUGAGUGCUGCAGCUUGUGCUACGUUCCCGUGGGUUGGUUAAUGUGCCUGCCUCUGUGGCCUGUGACUGUGCUCUGUCUUUAUUGUAAUCAAAGAGAUGAUGUGGCUCUGGCUUUGUUGUACUUCAACAACAACGAUCAGGAAAGAAAGCAUUGUUUGCUCUGCAUUCUCUUCAGUUCUGCACAGCAACUCAAAAUUACUAUCUUUAAUUAUUUGGGAGAAUGGACUGUUUGAUUGGAAAGCUGAGGAAAACUUAAAGAUUGGAGAUUUAAAUGUUGCAAAGAACCAUACGUAUGUAAUUGAUCUCUUCAACUUUAGCUAUUCUAUGACUUCAAGUAAUUUCAUUGUGUUUUCAGCCUUUAUGCCAGUGUGCUCUUUCAUCGUCAUUACUCAUGUCCCAGAGAACUGAAUCCAACAUAUUUUGGGAGACAUGAUAGAAAAUAAUGAGCAAUUGAAAAAAAAAAAAACAGGUUAGCAAACCAGUGGAAUUCUCAUGCUUGAGAACUAACAAGUGACU